CUGAGUGCGGAGUCCAAAUAGUUUGGCGGCACCGUAAAGUGUUGCAGAAUCAGAUUUGUGCGUGUUUUUUUUUCGGAUUUAAAACUGUCGACACAAUGUGGUCUCGGGUGCUGGUCCGGGGUGCGGGGUCCGGAUUCGGUCUGCGGGUUUCCAGGCAAAGUGGACGGGUCGCCCGUUUUGGAUCUGGGGCCAAACCGCAACUGAGGCAAGCUUCGACUUCAGAGGCGUCCUUGAAGAAGACAGCGCUCUUUGACUUCCACAGACAGCGAGGGGGCAAGAUGGUGGAGUUUGCAGGCUGGAGUAUGCCUGUCCAGUACAAAGACAGUCACAUCGCCUCACACAUGCACACCAGAGAGCACUGCGCCAUCUUCGAUGUUAGUCACAUGCUACAGACCAAAGUCCACGGCAAAGCCCGAGUAAAGUUCAUAGAGUCUCUGGUGGUGGCGGAUGUUGCAGAACUGAAGGACAACCAGGGUACGCUGUCCCUCUUCACCAAUGAGAAGGGGGGGAUCAUAGAUGACCUCAUUGUUACCAAGACCGACCAGGGCUACCUCUAUGUUGUGUCCAAUGCUGGCUGUGCUGACAAGGACUCUGCUCAUAUGAAGGCCAGACUGGCAGAGUUUAAAGCAGCAGGUCUUGAUGUGGAUCUGGAGUUUCUGGAUGAAGCACUGAUUGCUCUGCAAGGUCCAUCCAUGUCCCAGGUGCUCCAGCAAGGGCUGAAAGAGGACCUCACCAAGCUGACCUUUAUGAACUCCACCCUGGCCACGGUGUUUGGCAUUCCUGACUGUAGGGUGACCCGCUGUGGUUACACGGGAGAAGACGGGGUGGAGAUCUCAGUACCUCAGUCUAGGGUGGUGGAGUUGACUGAGAAGCUGCUGGCCAACAGCAAGGUGAAGCUGGCUGGUCUGGGUGCCAGGGACAGUCUGAGGCUGGAGGCGGGGCUUUGUCUCUAUGGUAAUGACAUCGACGAGACCACCACACCUGUCGAGGCCACCUUAGUUUGGACCAUAGGAAAGCGCCGGCGUCAGACCAAAGAUUUUCCCGGUGCUGAUAUUAUUGUGCCCCAAAUCAAGGCCAAGACAGCAAGAAAGCGGGUCGGCCUGGUGUCCACUGGGCCUCCUGUCAGACAACACACACGCAUACUCAGCCCUGAUGGAAAAGUCAUAGGUGAGGUAACCAGCGGCUGCCCCUCUCCCUGCCUGAAGAAAAACGUUGCCAUGGGUUACGUUGACACGCCAUUUGCUAAAAAUGGAACUGCUGUGCAGGUGGAAGUCAGGAAAAAAGCUGUUCCCGCUGUCAUCAGCAAGAUGCCCUUUGUACCCACCAACUACUUUUCUGGCUAGGAUGGGAGACACACACACACACACACAUGUUCAUACAUGCACACACAUACACACAUAUGCAUGUGUGCAUGCACAUGAAAAGAUGCACUGAACAUUUGGAAAGCCAAAAUGACCAUGAAUCGCCUUUCUAUCUUCAUGGCAACAACAAUUUUUAGAAAGUGCAGUCACCUCAGUUCAUUCCAAGUGUAUUUGCAUUACAUAAUUUAUAUGUGUCCAAACGUUAAGAACAAGCUGGUCUCUGUCUCUAGACAUUAAUGGAGUAGCUGUCAGGGAAUUGGUGGUAAAUAUUAGCCCAAUAUAAAAGGUCCACAUGUGUGCAGGCAGUAACAUAACUCAAGUUAGUGCAAAAUAAACAACAUACUGUGCCAGGUGAACAAAAAUGUCAGUUUUGUGGCUGUUGGUGUUUACAAUAGGUGGCAGGUGAUGUGAGUGUUUUUAUUGGAAAUGGGGUGAAGAAAGAAAGGCAUACUGUGAUCAUUUCAACUUUCCAUAACACAUUUAUACACAUGCACAUUCAUACUAAGAUUCCUACAUGUACAUUUAAAGACACAUGCAGGCAGAUAUGCACGACAUUCACACACAAGCAGGGCACACAUUCCCAUAUAUGAGUCAACCAGCCAGUCAACCACUGGAGGUCACGCGCACACUCACAGCUUUCUUACAGUCCCCAGAGGUUGAGUUUGCACCAUUGCUGCCCCCCUGUGUUUACCUUUGACAACACAAUGUCAGACUGAGGCAGAAAUGCCUAAAAGUAUUGAAUUCAUUAGAUUAUCUGGAUUAAAAAAAAAGAAUUAUGUUUAUUAAUUAUUAUAGAAUAAGUCUGUCUGCUGGUCUCAUGAGACCUAACCAGCACGUCUAUAUUAUUGCCAGUAUCACUAUAAGCAUUAAAUGUUUAAAGAUUAAGUUUAAAAGAUUUUUCAUGGUGAUAGCAGUAAAACCGUAUCGAUUAGGUAUUUUUAAAGUUUCGCUUUACAUAUUUGCACACAUGGUAUAAGGACAACUGGAGCUCACAUAUAAUACUGGAAGCAUCCUGUAGUUUAAUGACUAAAGGGUGCAAAACAUUCGGUAGUCAAUAGACUAAACAUAAAACACUACAUGCAUUCAGC